AUGGGCUGGAUACGGCUGUCAUAUGAUGACUGGCGCUCUCUCAAUGCCCCUCUGUCGGAUUUUGAAAUUCAAAAAACGCUAUGGACCUUCAAGCCCAACAAAGCACCAGGGCCCGACGGUUUGCAUCCGGGCUUCUUUCAAAGAAAUUGGGUUGUUGUCCUUGUUAAAGUUUGUUCCGAAAUUCAACAAAUUUUUUCCUCAGCCACUAUGCCGGAACACUUUAACGGCACCCUCAUCUCCCUUAUUCCUAAAUUCCAAGGCCCAACAACCAUCUCUCAAUUCCGCCCCAUUAGCCUUUGCAAUACCAUUUACAAGUUGGUUACCAAGAUACUGGUUCUUCGCCUCCGCCCUUUCCUUGACAAGCUGAUAUCUCCUGCCCAAUCUAGCUUCAUCCCCGGCAGGCAAGGCCUCGAUAAUGCCAUUGUCGUCCAAGAACUCAUCCACACAAUGCAAAAAACCACAGGCAAGCGUGGUUGGAAGGCAAUAAAAAUUGAUCUUGAAAAAGCAUUUGACAAACUCAAAUGGGGGUUUAUACGAAAGGUCCUUUCUUCCUUUAAUUUCCCCAGGAACUGGCAACAACUCAUACUAAGUUGCAUUUCCUCCUCUACCACAUCCAUUCUUGUCAACGGUGGACAAUUGGAGAAUAAUGGUGAAACCGAUAACCUGGGGAAAUAUUUGGGUUUUCCCAUCCACCAUGGUCGAGUCUCCAAAGACGACUAUCUAUUCAUCAUUGACAAGGUCAGAUCAAAAUUGUCUGGUUGGAAAGCUAGUCUCCUCUCUCCUAUGGAUCGUGCAACUCUGAUCAAAGCUACCAUGUCGACCAUUCCAGCCUACUACAUGCAAUGCAGAAACCUGCCCCAAAGCAUUUGUAAUAACCUUGAUAAGAUCAAUCAAAAAUUUCUUUGGGGAGGGUCCGAAAACAGCCGCAAACUCCACCACAUCAAUUGGAAUGUUGUCACCAAACCUCCCGAUCAAGGAGGCCUUGGUAUCAAGCAAGCAAAAGCUCAUAAUUUCGCCUAUCUCGCUAAGCUUAGUUGGAGAUUCAUCCAUGACACUAAUGCGCCUUGGGCUAGCAUCUUGAAGAAAAAAUACCUCACCAAUAGCCAGAGCCUCAAUACCAAUGCUUCCAUCACAUGGAAAUCAAUGAAGACUUCUCAACGAAUCCUUGAACAUGGUUUCGGAUGGAUUGUUAAGAAUGGUGAAACUACCAACUUUUGGAAUGACAACUGGACAGGGCAAGGCCCCCUUAAAUCCCUCAUUGAAGGACCUCUUCUCCCCCAUGAACUUAAUCUCACCGUCAAAGACUUUCGUGACUCUUCCAACAACUCGUCCCCUUUUCGGCUCAGCCUUGUUUUCCCAGAAGAAAUCCAACAACUCAUUCUGGGUAUCUCCUUUCCCACCCAUCACACUGGUAAUGACAUCCUUUGUUGGAAUUUCUCGACCAAUGGCUCUUUCACCUUGUCUUCUGCUUACUCUAUUGCCCGCAAGAUCCCCUUGACAAAAAUCCCCAGCAACCGAUUGGUAUUUGUUAUGGAGUACUCCGACGGACUGAAACGGAAUGAAGUCGAACGGCGAUCAGCUGGCCACCUUCCUACCGUUUGGGAUGCACAACUUAUCAACUCCUUUACCUCACCCUACUCUUAUGAGACUCACAGCACUCGUUUGGAGGAACUGAAACAAGGAGUUACGAAAUUACUGGUGGAUUCCACAGAGCCUGAUGACCAAUUGGAUCUCAUUGACAAAAUGCAGCGAUUAGGUAGUGAAUCACUGUCGUCAAUAUUGGUAAUGAAGGUUGAUGAGAUCAGUAGUGAAAUAGUUGAAAUGAUACAACAGUCAUUGGACUUUCCGCUACAUUGGAGAUUUCCUUGGUCUGAAUCACGACACUUCAUUCAUGUCUACCAAAGGGAUGAAGCCAUGCAUUCGGUUUUGCUUGAAUUUGCUAAACUCAAUUACAAUAUCUUGCAAUCCGUUUACCUGAAGGAGUUGCAGCAACUAGUUGGUCGGGAUCUUAAGGCCAUGGAAGAACUUCCAGGGUACAUGAAAGUAUGCUACUCUGCUUUGUACGACCAUGUUAGCGAAAUGGCCCAAGAUGCUUUGAAAAAUAACGGCAUCGAUAUUCUACCUUACAUUAACAAACAUUUAAUGUGUUACAUUAAAGGAUAUCUUCAAGAAGCACGAUGGAUUCAUAGUGGAUAUACUCCAACUGCGGAUGAAUAUAUUGAGAACGCAAGGGUUUCAAUCGGUGUUCCUUUAUGUGUGAUAUAUGGCAUUUUUGGAGUGUUAGGACACUCUUUAAAUGAAUAUUUGUCAGAAUUCAUCGAGCAUGAGUCCGACUUAGUUUCUCUAACAGGAGUCAUUACUCGACUAAUUGAUGAUUUGCACACUGCCAAGAUUGAAAUGGAAAGAGGAGAAAACAUGAAUUUCAUCUAUUGUUACAUGAUGCAAAAUGGUGUCUCGGAAGAAAAAGCAAGAGAUCACGUAAAAACUCUGAUUCGAAACUCAUGGAAUAAGUUUAACAAGUCAAUAGCUGAAAAUUAUGAUCGUGCACCCGCCAUUGUUAAUGUGGCAUUAACCUUGACAAGAUGUGUUCAUCGCAUUUACCAAUAUGGGGAUUGGUUUGGUAUCCAAAGCCAAGAGAAUAAAGAUUGUCUUAAAUCAAUCCUAGAGCCUAUUCUGAUGUAA